CUUCAGCCCUCUUCAGGCGGAUUUUCAAGGCGAGACCGGAAGUGCGUUCAGUGAGUGUACACGCAGAGGAAAGCAGUCAGCACUGAGGUCAUCUGCUUCAAGGUGUACCUGAACCUAACCUGUGGUGAUUUAGCAAGAAGCUGAUAGGAUGUCUGGAGAUUUGCCUCUGAAUAUCAACAUUAAGGAAGCACGAUGGGACCAGGGCACGUUUAUGGGCCGAGCUCAGCACUUCUUCAUGGUGACGGACCCCAGAAACGUGCUGCUGUCCAGUAAGGUUUUAGAGGAUGCCAGAGUUACUGUGGAGAACUACAGGUUGGGAAUCGUGAAGCCUGGGCUAACAGAAGAUCAGCUAUGGAGGGCCAAAUACAUUUACGACUCUGCUUUCCACCCAGACACAGGAGAGAAAAUGCUGCUAGUUGGACGCAUGUCUGCACAAGUGCCCAUGAACAUGACCAUUACGGGUUGCAUGCUUACCUUUUACAGGACAACCCCAGCAGUGGUGUUCUGGCAGUGGGUAAACCAAUCCUUCAACGCCAUUGUCAACUACACUAACCGCAGUGGAGACGCGGCAAUCACCAUGAAUCAGCUUGGAGCAGCCUACGUUAGUGCUACAACUGGAGCUGUAGUAACAGCCCUUGGACUGAAGUCUCUGACCAAGCACUUGCCAGCUAUUAUGGGGCGUUUUGUUCCAUUUGCUGCAGUGGCAGCAGCAAACUGUAUCAACAUACCCUUCAUGAGACAAAGAGAGCUGAAGUGUGGCAUUCCUGUUACCGAUGCCGAGGGAAAACGUCUCGGAGAAUCAAGUAAAGCUGCUCAGCAAGCCAUCGUACAGGUGGUGGUGUCUCGUAUCGGCAUGGCAGUGCCAGCUAUGGCUAUUCCUCCAGUUAUCAUGAAUGCCUUAGAGAAGAAGGCCUUCAUGAAGCGGUUCCCGGUUCUCAAUGCCCCUGUACAAGUUGGACUUGUUGGAUUCUGUCUGGUGUUUGCCACUCCGCUGUGCUGUGCUCUGUUCCCACAAAAGAGUUCUAUGAAUGUGAGCAGCCUGGAGCCGGAGCUUCAAGAGAGUAUACGACAAAGCAAUCCUAGCAUCACUACUGUUUAUUUUAACAAGGGUCUGUAGAUAGGUCUAGGUUGCGGCCCAUGUUGAUGUCCUCCACUGCACUGGAGGUUAGUGGGCAUAACUUGAAGGGUAGAACAUAUUUAUUUUUGUUUUGCUGUUCGGAGUUAUAUAUUUUUUGACAAUUUUACCCAUGUUAUUGUACUAUCCAAAAUGACUAUAUGUACAGUGAAGGUCAGAACUUACUGCUGGAUUUAGUUAAAGAUGCUUGAAUGUUAACUGCUGCAUUGCUUUACACCUCCAUCUUGUGUUGACCACACAUAAGUAGACUUAUUUACCAAUAUAUUCACUACUUUGAUUUAUACUAGAUUAUCAUAGGCAUGAUGUAUGAUUUUUUUUUUUUUUUCACUAAUGAUCUUUAGCUCGGAACUUUCUAAGAUUUCCAGGUUUGUGGUUCAAACGUCUCUCCAGCUCCACUCUCCCAUGUGCGUUGUUAGUAAAGACAGUUAACUUUAUUCUGCCAGGAGUAUUUCCACCUUUCAUGCUCCACUAUGUGCCCAUUAAGUGCACUUGCGCAGUGAAUGCAGUGUGCUUUACUCUGUACUACAAAAGAAACCCUGAGAUGUGCAAACACUCCUUCAUGAGCACAUCAAAAAUUAUCGGGUGACUAUCACUGAUAUCAUUUUCUGCAGGCCAUACUUCAUUAUUUCUGUUUAAGCCUUAUAGACCUGUGUGGUUUGAAGUCAUUGCAAAUGUCUCCAAGACAUUUGGUUGUGUGGAUUGUAUUUUGUGUACUGAAGAAAGGUCAAAAUAAUAUUGAUUGGAAUAUUGAAUACUUAUUAUUAGUAUUUGUGAUUGUAUGAAUAAUUUCCCCAAAUAGGACAGAAUGUGUCUGGGCUUAAAGACAAGCACUACAUAUCUCAGGCAGCAAGAGCAAAUGAUAAGAACAAAGUUUGCUCAUGUUCGAUAGAAAUAUGCUCGGUUGGAGUAUGAAGAAAAAGUUGCUUCGUAUGCCCUGCUUGAUCGUGUAUUACAUCUCAGACACGUACAGUUUUGGGAACAACAAUCAGAUUUCUUUAUUGCUGUCAUGGGGGAAUCUAUGUUUAUUAUGAUGUCAGUCAUAGUGUCUGUAGUAUAUGAUAUAACCAUUAGUUAGUUCACUAGCCUCUGGUCCUGUAACCGGAGCACAUAUGAUCAAACUUGUUUUCCCUGAUGUAUUGCGGUAAUGUUACAAUGUGAAGUUUUUGUUGUCUGGUUCCUGUUGUUUUUGUGGAUGAAGUUAACAAACCUUUGCAGGGUUUUUGUUUUGUUUUGCCAUCAUACUCUCACAACUCUGCUUUUUGGGUACAACGGCACAUAGACUUGACAUUAUUCUCAUCAUAUCCUCUAAGAGGCAGUAGAGAUCUGUUGUUUUUGACAUAAGCACUCCAUUGUAGGCAUAUAAUUUAGCCUAAUAUCUAAGCACAUUAAAUGUUACACAAGUAUGCUGUUGAAAAAGGUAGCCCAGUUGAAAGCAGUCUGGGUUUGAUGCUUGCUUUAUUUAAUGCACAAAUUCCCUGUUACUAUGAUGAUAUAGAGAAGUGUUGGAUUUGUUUUGCAAAUAUGACUAUUUGAUUGUGAUUUAUACAAAACUGUCUGAUUUCUUCCCGGGAUGUCCUGUUACACCAAAUAUCACAGACCACUUCAGCCACCUAGUGUCAAGACUCAUCCUUCCUUUCAAAAUGCGCAGUGUACCAGCAUAUAAAGUUUGGUUGGUCGUGUAAUUCUCACCAGCAUCACAAUGCUUUAUAGUGAUGCUCAACAUAAUAGACACAGAAUUCCAAACUUAAACCGACAGACGUUAUACUGUCAGUACUGUCAUAGCAUCCUCAACCACACUAACCCAGCUUACUGUCUGUAAUAUCAGCAAUACACUAAAUUAUUAGCAAAGGUGGUGUUUCAAGAUCUUUCAAAUAUUUUAUGAUCGUAAAUUGCACUAGACCACUGACAAUGUUUAUAGGAUGUAAAACCAUAAUGGUGUAAUUGUACAUAUUUUAAGGUGCUGUAUGUAGGAUUGACACCGAGUGGUUGAACUAGGUA